CUCUGUUCUUUCAAAAGUUUCUUGAUUACGAUAAAAAUCCAAACUUUAUAUCAAUGACGGCCAUAGAUUACACGAGCUUCGGUUUAAACCAACCUAAACCUCUUGGUCUAAACCAGCUCACACCAUACCAAAUUCAUCAGAUUCAAAACCAGCUUAACCAUAGCCGUAACACAACCUCAAACCUCUCUCCAAACCCAAUCCGAAUGAAGAACUUCUCACCUUCUUCCUCCAAAACCAAGAAUCUCUAUAGAGGCGUAAGACAAAGGCACUGGGGAAAAUGGGUCGCUGAGAUCCGUUUGCCUAAAAACCGGACCCGUCUCUGGCUCGGAACAUUCAAAACCGCUGAAGAAGCCGCCUUGGCUUACGACCAAGCUGCUUUUAAGCUCCGUGGAGAUAUCACGAAGCUUAACUUCCCAAACAUCAGACACGAAGACGUUAAUCCUCUCCCUUCCUCUGUCGAUGCCAAGCUUCAAGCUAUUUGCAAGAGUUUGCGAAGAACAGAGGAGGCUUGCUCUGUUUUGGACCAAACAGAGGAGAAGUACUCUGUUUCAGGUAAAACAGAGCAUGUUCUGCCAAAAACAGAGCUUUUCUUGCCGAAAACAGAGCAUUUGGAGACAAAGCAGUUCUUCGAUGAGUCACCGAAAAGCGAUGAGAACUCGUCGCAGGCGGGAUAUUCAUCGUCGGAUAUAACAUUGCUAGAUUUCUCGGAUUCUGAGUUUGAAGAGAUUGGGAGUUUCGGGCUUGUGAAGUUUCCUUCGGUGGAGAUUGAUUGGGAUGCAAUUAGCAAACUGUCAGAUUCUUAAAGUCUUUUUUAUUUUAUUUUACUUUUCUCUGCAACUGAAAAUUUUAACAAGUUGCAGAGGAUUUUCUAGGUUUGAAUCUGUCCUAGUUUUAUUUCUUUGUUGGUCGCUUAGAGUUUUACUAUGUAGCUAAUCUCCAUG